AUGUUUUGUUUUCAGCAUUCUGUUGAAUCACUUGAAAGUUUAACUUAUGCUAUUGAUCGUAAUCAAUUAACACCAGAUUUAAAUGGAACAUUUCCAUAUAAUCAUAUUCGUUGGUUGGAUUUUCGAUUAAAUUUAGAAUCAUUUGUAUAUAAUUCAAAAGAAACUUUACAUGCAUAUGAAUUACUUUAUAAUGAACUUCAACAAGCUGAUUGCUCUAAUAAUGUUAUUCGAGCACAAGAUGCUAUUGAAACACAUAUGACAGUAUUUAAAGAUCAAUUAUCACGUGUUAAUAUUGAACCAUUAAUAAAUGAUGGACAACAUUUAUUAAAUAUGUUAAGAGGAAAUAAUGUUGAAAAUGAAAAUUCAAUGUUAAAAUCACAUCAACAACGAACAUAUCCAUUUGAUUAUUUUGAUGAAGCAAGAAAAAUUUCAUUAGUUAUGGAUAAUCUUCGUUCAGCAAAAGAACGAUGUUUUCAAUUAUGGCAUCAGAAAAAAAAUCGUUUAGAACAAAAUUUACAAUUAAGAUUAUUUGAACAAGAUUGUGAUCGAUUAUGUGCAUGGAUUGGAAAUAGUCGAUCGAUUCUUGGACCAAAAUAUACUGAUAUUGGUUCGAGUUGUUCUCAAGCUAUGCAACUUUUAGCUGAACAUGAACAAUUUGCUAAAGUUUGUUUAAAUAAUGAAACAGUUAUUCGUCGAACACAAAAUGUUGGUGAUCGACUUAUAUCAAGUGGACAUUAUGCAACAAAUGCAAUUAAAAAUCAAAUGAAUCGUUUAAAUGAUGAAUGGCAAAGUUUAACACGAUUACUUGAUAAUCGUACAAAUAUUUUAACAGCUUCACUUCAAUUUCAUCAAAAAGCUGAUGAAUAUCUUGUACAAGUACCAACAUGGAAACAUUUAUGUUCAUUAACAGAUGAUUUAACAACAAUUGAAAGUAUGGAACAUUUAGAACGUUUACUUCAACAACAUUUUAAUUUAUCAGAAAAUAUUUCAAGAAUUUAUGCUCAAAUUUGUAAUGAUGGUAAAGCAAUAAUUGAUUCUGUAGCUCCAUCACAACAGACAACAACUGAUUAUCAAUUUGAUUUUCGUGCUGGUGCUAAACAUAUUCUUGAAAUAGUUCAAGAAAUUUUAGUUAAUCAUCGAUAUCUUGAUGCUAAAUGGAAUCAACGUAAAGCAUAUUUACAACAAAGACUUAGUUUUGUUGCAUUUGCUAAUGAUGUUCAACAGAUUCUUGAUUGGAUUGAAAAACAUGGUGAUGCAUUUUUACAAAAAAAUCUUGCUGUUGGCAUUGGAAAAUCACUUCGACAAGCAAAAAAACUUGAUAAAAUGCAUACAGAUUUUGAAAUGGCGAUUAAAAAUACAAAAACUAAUGCAGAAAAUUUAAUAGCUGCUGCUGAUAAUAUGUAUAAUGAACAAUUACAACAACAAAAACAAUCUCAAACAAAUAAUAAUAAUCAAAAAACGGAAGAAGAUAAUGCUGAUAAACAAUUAAAUCAAGGUCGAACAAAAAUUUAUCAAUUAGCACAUGAUCUUGAACGACGUAUGCGAGAAUUUGAUGAACGUGUUGCUCGACGUCGAUAUAUACUUGAUGUUAAUCUUAAUUUUCAUACACAUUGUGAAGAAUAUUCUGAUUGGUUAGCACAAGUUGAACUUGUUUGGUCAACAACAGGAGGUGAUGAUGAUGAUAAUGAAAUAAUUGCUAGUAAUUGUGAAGAUAUGCUAGAAGCUUUAAUAGAACAACAUGAAGGAGCUAUGGAAGCAUGUGUAACUAUUGAACAAGAAGGACAAAUUCUCUUAGAUUAUUUAACUGAAGUUCAAUCAAAGAUAACGCCAACUGAUACAACACCAUCACCACAAUAUACACAUUUAUUAAAUUUAAUUGAAUCAAUUCGUAAAAAAACUAAUGAAUUAGAAAUUAUUUGGGAGAAACGACGAUUACGUGUCGAAUUAUUUGUACAAAUCAAACAUUUUGAAAUAUAUUCACGCGAAGUGUCACAUUUACUCGAUAUUUGGUCACACGAAUUGGUCAAAAUGCAACAACAACAACAGCAGCAACAACAACAGCAACAACAACAAUCGACCAAUUCUGUUAGUGCUGUUAUCAUUCCACCAGCUCUUCCAUUAGCUUUACAAACGCUCAUUAAUGGAGGUACAUCGACAACACGACAUCGUUCUCAUCAUCAUAGUAGCGAUCGAACGACUGGUAAAGUGGAUGAUUGGGCCCAAGUGCAAGAACAUAUACAUACACGAGUUGCUCAAGUCGUGCAACGUGGUAGAGACUUGCUCAGUUUAAUGGAAAAAUCACAAGAUUUUAAAAUAAAACUUGAUCAACAACAAUCAUCAUCAACAAUAAUUAAUGAAUCAACUAAUAAUUCUGUAAAUUCAACUCAACAACAAGCAUUAAUACCUUCACCAGAUCAAAUUCGUAAUUUAAUAUUAGUAAUGAGCGAUCGUGAACAAAAAUUAUCAGAAUUGGCAACACAACAACAAAAACUUAUUCUAUGGCGUGUACAAUUUGUAAGACUUGAAAGAGAUUGGAAUGAAAUUAAAAUAAUGAUCAAUAAUUUUGAAGCAAAAUUAGCAUCAAAUUUAACAUUAGCGAUUAGUUUAACGGAUGCUGAAAAAUUCCAUCGGGAUCAUGAAGAUAUAAAACCAUUUGUUGAUAGAAUUUGUGAACGUAUUGAUAUUCUUCAACGUAAAACAGAAAAAUUAUCUACUGUUAUAUCAAAUAAUGAUUCAUCAUCAGGUCCAAGUGAAUUAAUAAAUACAUUAAUAUCAGCACGACAAAAAGUUCAAUUACAAUUUGAAGAUCGUUUACGAUUAAUAAAUGCACAAAUUAUUUUUUAUAAAUCAUCUGAACAAGUUUCACAAAUGUUAGAUACACUUGAACGUGAAUAUCGUACUAAUGAAGAAAUACAUGAAAAAUUAAAAAUUUAUAAUGAUGAUGAAAUACAAAAAAUUUUAGCUGAUCGUUUAGAACAACUUGAUGAAAAUAAACAUAGUUUCUUACGAGCAUGUACAGUUGCUCGUCAAAAAUCAGAUUUAUUUCAUAAAUAUGCACUACGUAAUGCAGCUAAUUUAAUAAAACCGGAAGCUUAUUUAAAACCACUUGAACAAAAAAUUAAAAAUGUUUCAACAAUAUUAAAAAAUAAAGAAGAUACAGUUUUAAAUGCUUGGCAUUAUAGAAAAAAAAUAAUUGAUGAAUAUUUACAAUAUAUUUCAUUUAAACGUAAUACAGAUAAAGUUUUUGUAUGGAUUGAUGAACAUGAUGAAUGUUUCGUAUCAAAACUUGAAGAGUUAGAUAUUAAUGAUGAUGGUUAUAUGGAUUUUGUUCGUGCACUUAAGGAAAAGAAAACAAUGGUACGAAAAUUAGUUGAACGUGCUGAUGUAUUAGUCGAACGUUCACAUUCAUUUGCACCACUUAUUAAAGAUACAUGUAAUCGACUUGAUUCUGGUUUUAAUAAUUUUUUUCAAAAAAUCAUGAGAAUUAAUAAUAAAGAAGAAAUUGAUAAAGAAGCUGGUCGAAAAAGUGAUUCAAGUUUAGAAGAAAAAUUAGAACAACAAGAAUUAAAUGAAGGAAAACGAAAAGCAGCUAAACAACGAGAAUUAAUUUUCAAUGAAUUACUUAAUACAGAACGUGCUUAUGUUGAUAGUUUAAGUAAAUGUAUUCAAUAUUAUCUUGGUGAAAUGCGUCAACAUCCAGAAGAUGUACCUGAAUUUUUACGAAAUAAAGAAUCAAUAUUAUUUUUAAAUAUUGAAGAAAUUCAAAAUUUUCAUAAGAAUUUAUUUCUCAAAGAUUUAGAACGAUAUGAAGAUAGUCCUGAAGAUGUUGGCCAUUGUUUUGUUACAUGGGCUAAACAAUUUCAUAUUUAUUAUGUUGAAUAUUGUAAAAAUAAUGAAUCAUGUAUUAAAUUAUUAACACAAUAUCGUGGUCCAUAUUUUGAGGUAAAUAUUAUAAGAGAUAAUACUUAA